UCCUCACAUGGGCCAAAAAUCUCUUUCAAGCUCCAGAUUGUCACAAGUUCCUGGGUGAGCAGUGGGUCUCUGUCCCCAUCUCCAGGGCCUCUUGGAUGGGACCUUGCUCUAAAAGGAGCCAUGAACCUCUGGCUUUGGUCACUUUACUUCCUGCCAGUAUCUGGAGCCCUGAGGAUGCUCCCAGAAGUCAAGCUGGAGGGAAUCCUGGGUGGGUCCAUUACCAUCGAGUGCCCACGUCCUGAAACACCCAUGAGGCUAUAUCUGUGCCGGGAGAUGGCCAAGUCUGGAAGCUGUGUCACCGUGAUAUCUAACAAUCACUUUGUCAGGAAAGAAUACAAACACCGAGUCACCCUCGAGCUCUGUCCAGAUGAGAAUCUAUUCCUAGUGAAGGUGACAGAACUGACCAAGAAUGACAGCGGAGUAUAUGCCUGUGGGGUAGGCCAGCACACAGACAGGGGCAAGACCCAGCAAGUCACCCUGGAUAUCCACAGUGAGUAUGAGCCAUUCUGGGAAAAGGAGCAGAUACCUGAGCCUCCAGUAUGGUUUCAGAGAUUUAUACAGAUGCCAAUGACCUCUUGGUUCCGGAUGCCUGCACCUGCCAGUUCUUUCGAAUUCAUAUCCAAAGUAACCACACCAGCUCAAAGGACCGAGGUCCUGACAACACACCCUCCCUCCCCCACCACUGCAAUCACCCACCGUCCUCACGUUUCCAGAGCGUCUUCAGUGGUAGCUGCCAAGCCCACAACCCCCUUGCCAUCCACCACAGUCUCAAAGACCUCAGCACCGGAGAGGCUGCACAGGCCCCAGACAGCCAGCUACAACCAGCACACCAGGCUUCACAGGCAGAGAGGCUUCAACCAUGGCCCAGCGUCCCAGAUGGAAGACCAAGGAUUUCAUAUGUUGAUCCCCAUCAUCCUGGGCCUCAUCCUUUUGGCACUUCUGGGGCUGUUGGUGAAAAGGGUCAUUCAAAAGAGGAAAGCUCUCUCCAGGCGGGCCCGUCGACUGGCCGUAAGGAUGAGCGCCCUGGAGGGCUCCCAGCGGCCCCUGUCACAGCGGCCCCGCGUGUCUCAGUGGCCACGUUCCCAAAACAACGUCUACAGUGCCUGUCCUCGGCGUGCUGGGGGUGCUCAAGCUGCGGGUGAGCGGGAGGCACCUGGCCCUGGCCCUGGAAGGUUAGCGCCAUCCGCUCCGCCGCAGGUGUCUGAAGCUCCUUGGCCCCAUGUCUCAUCUCUGAAGACCAGCUGUGAAUAUAUGAGAUUCUACCACCAGCCAGCUGCCAAAAUGGAGAACACUGAUUCAGAUGACUACGUCAAUGUCUCCUGCCCGACUCACCCCUUCGGCUGCCCCCCUGGGCCCAGACCUUGGUGCCAAUGAGUCCUGUUUGUCUGCUGGUUUUCAACACCUGCUCCAUCUGUUUUUGGAGCCCUCAUUUCCUCCCACAUCCCACCUCAAGUCUCAUCCCUGUCUGUUUGCCCUGAGCAUAGCUCAGCUACCCCCACACCCCUCCAGCUCUUCUUGCACAUCUUUGCAACCCUUUGUGGUUUUCAGGUGAGCUCUGGCCAUGCCGAGCAUUUGGCCCAAUGCCACCUGCUUCCUUUCCAAGCCAUGUAGCAGGCUGUGGGAUUUGCAGACUGUCUUUGAUCACAGAGUUUUUGCUGCCUUGGCUCUAGACCAUGUAGCAUCGGGAUGUAGCAUAGGUUAGCUGUUGCUUCUGGAACUCUUCCCAGGCCUGGGCUUCACACCAAUAGAAGGCCCCUAGUCUGUGCCAUGAAGAUAUGCUUCAGCCUUGUGAGCUAGGAAGGGGUGGGUAGAAAAGGCCCCUGGCAAUAUUUUUGCUUUGAUCUUAAGGCUAGCACUUACUAGUGAGCUUUACUUGUCUUGAGUCCUGUCAUAAGGGAAGUUUAUUUUGAUGUGAUGAAGGACUCUAAAUUUCAGCACCAUAUAUAUCUCCCUAUAUCCCUAAAUCCUCUUUACUCUAAGUCUCCCUCCCUUGAUGCACAUAACGACCCUGACCCAGCAUUUUCUCUCUUUUAGAAAUAGAUUUUAUCCCUCUUCCAUUGCCUAGCAUUGAUCUUUGUGCACUUACCUUAAUGUUGGUCUAUUUUAGCAGCAGAUAAGGAAAGAAUAGGUAAGAUAAGAAAGAAAGGCACCCCAAAGGAAGGGAUAGUGGCAGUGGGAUGUGAAGUGUGGGCAAGAAACAAAGUGUUUAAUGAGCCUGCUUUAUGUUGGGCACUUAACACAUUACAUCUUUUAUCAUUUACAUUCCAAACUGGUGCCCUUCACCCCACUCCAGUGCUCUUUUCCUGGAGAUACCAUAAAGAGCUGGUUUUAAUGCUCUAAUGUUCAACGUUAUAUCCCAGCAUCCCUCAUUUCCCUCAACAAUUCAAAGACAGACAAAAAAAAAAAAAA